UUGCCUUAAGAUGAGAAGAGAACGGGGCGAAGUAGGUUGAAGUUGACGGUUUGUUAUCUAGACGAAUUACGGACUUAUUUUGCCUCAAAGGCUACGUUAUAUUUACCGCUCGACAGUGAAACCCGUACGAUAUGGUCUUAUGUUUGAAUAUAGCUUUAUUUGACGUAUGAAGUACGCGCUUAAUGAAGCACUCGUGAUCAGCUCGCGCGUCUCAUGGAAGUUUCUGUGACUUGGCGAUAAAUAAAUGCGUUUUUUCCGAAGAGAGCAACACGUAUAUACUUUGUAGUGCACGGACUUAUUACUGAGCCGCUAAGAAGAUUAAAAUCAUGACGGGUAGAGAGGACGAAUAUGACUAUCUCUUUAAAGUGGUGCUGAUUGGUGACUCAGGCGUGGGCAAGAGUAACCUGCUUUCUCGCUUCACCCGUAAUGAGUUCAACCUGGAGAGCAAGAGCACCAUCGGGGUGGAGUUUGCCACACGCAGUAUCCAUGUGGAGGGAAAGACCAUCAAGGCUCAGAUCUGGGAUACGGCUGGACAGGAGAGAUACAGGGCCAUCACAUCAGCGUAUUACAGGGGUUCAGUUGGAGCCCUGCUGGUGUAUGACAUUGCAAAACAUCUGACCUAUGAGAAUGCAGAGCGCUGGCUGAAAGAGUUGCAGGAUCAUGCCGACAGCAAUAUUGUAAUCAUGUUAGUAGGGAACAAAAGUGACUUGCGCCAUCUGAGAGCUGUGCCUGUGGAUGAAGCAAAGGCCUUUGCAGAAAAGCAUGGCCUUUCUUUCUUGGAGACUUCUGCUCUGGACUCUUCUAAUGUUGAACUUGCCUUUCAGACCAUUCUUACAGAAAUCUACCGUAUCGUGUCCCAGAGGCAGAUGUCAGGGCAUGGCGAUGCCGACUUCUCCCCCAGCUCCAAAGUGGUUCCCAUUACUGUGCAGCCUACACAGAAUUCUGGCAAGCAGGGCGGCUGCUGUCAAAAUAACUGAGCUGCCACCACGGGGCCCGGGGAAAAUCGGCAGCUUUGGAGCACGCUAUCGGGAUGGGGAUUCAAAACGGUUCGUGUCUGUGUCCAAAUAACUGCGUUGUAUUCCCUCGUCGUGGUGGUUAAUGUAUGUAACAAACUUACUUGGUUAUGCCCAGAAUCAUCAAGUAAUAAGCUUCAAACUUGGAGUGAGAGGCCAUGCUUCCAGUUUCAGACUACUUAGAAAUGAGCAGUUAGCUGGGGCGCUCGGAUGUGGCUGAUCAGUUUAUUUUUCGGAAUUCUUUGUCACAGACAUUCUGCUGACAAACAACGGACUGGAAGAACAUCACCAGGACAAAGUGACACUUGUAUAAAAAAAACAAGUGUCCUGGCAUAGUUUACUCACCCUUAUGUCUUUAGAAACCUAUUUGACUUAAUUUCAUCCAUGGAACACAAAGGUAGUUGUUUAAAAGAAUGUCCAAGCUGCUUUUGUUUACAUACAAAGUCGAUGGUGACCACAGAUGUCAAGCCAGAUUUUCAGUACGUUUCUCACAAUGCUAUUGUAUGCUUUCAACAGUCCUCUUUGGAGAUUGACAGCUCCUGGUCACCAAACACUUUCAUUUUGUGGAAGAGAGCAGCUCAGAAAUUCUUCAAAACAACUGCUUUUGUGAUAAAUGAAAAAGUCAGUCAUAUAGGUUAGGACAACACGAGAGUGAGUUUAUGAUAGCAGUUUUUUAAUUGUAUUUUUUUUAUUGGUGAACUAUUCCUUUAAGCACCAUAGAAGUUAAACCAAGUUACCACCAGGUAAAUUAACAGUGGUCACUAAGCCACCAAUGAAGUCAUUUCUGACAGUCACCACUGUAACAGCCCUUCUGUAUUAGCUGAAUGCAGAUAUGAUCUUGAUAUUCUGUGGUAUUUUUACUUUGUAUUGUUAUGCUUCUUUAUAUGAAUGAACUUUUUUUUUUUCAUGACUUGUAUGACAAUAUUGAUCGAAUUUCUUGGCAAACACAUGACACGCAUUAUAUUAGACGUGCUGUUAGUGUUUUCUGAGUAUCAGUGUAAUGUUUAUAGGUUAAUUGAUAGAUAUGCUGUAGAGAUUGAAUAGUGUGUAAUAAUCAAAUUUAGUGUUGGGAAUUGUGGACUGGUUCUUAAUAAAACAAACCAUGGUGCCUUAAAUGGCAUGGUGCAUUAAUAUAUGCAUAAAAAAAAUGUACAAUGCUGUAUAAGCAUCAGUCUCACUUAAACUUUUCAGUACACAUCUGAGUUUCUCUCAGGUGUGCACAAGAAUUGGCUACACACUUUUUGGGCAUGUAAUUAACUGUUUCCUGAAGUGUGAAUGCACCCUUUGAGGUGUAUAUGUCAUGUCUGUGCUGCCUUUGGAGAGGUAAAACAACGUGUGAGUGGGUACAAAUUGGGUUUACCCGUUUCACAGUACCUAUAUUUUUACAAUACAUUUUAUUUGUGAUUGCCAUUCUGUAUAAAUCUGAAAUAAUCACAUCUCUUGAUGAUAACAUGCUUUUGAAGGUAGUGAAUGCAAAAACAAUUGUUUUCAUACAUUGUCCAUUAAUUCUUCCUCAGAAUUACAAAAAUAUUUUUUAAUGCAAUGAUUAAAGGAAUAUUAUGGGUUCAAUACAAGUUAAGCUCAAUCGACAGCAUUUGUGGCAUAAUGUUGAUUAACAAAUGAUUUUAAUGUGUCUCUUUUCUUUAAAAAAAGCCAAAAUCUGGGUUACAAUGGAUGUAAGUGGGGCCAAUAAAGAAUAUACAUGUUAGCAUAAUUUUACCUUGAUAAAAUAACUUGCUAACCGUUUUUGUGUAGUUAUACCCAAUAUUACAACUUGGUACCAUGAUAAACACCGUUAACCCUAAAAGAGUAUAUGUGGCGAUUUAAACAACUUUACAGCUCAAAUAAUACACAAGUUUUAAUAGAUGUAUUAAUGGAAGUGCUUUUGUAAGCUUCUCAUUUCUGCAUCUAAACUUGCCAAACCUGGCCCCACUCAUUAUAACCUUGAUUUUUGCUUUCUUUAAGAAAAGGGAAUGAGUUGAAAUAACUAAUUUUGUAGUAAUCAACAAAUUCUGUAGAUUAAGCUUGACUAGUAUUGAACCCGAAAUAUUCCUUUAAGGAACCAGAAUCAUUCAAUCAGUAUCCGAGUCAACAAAAUCCUGAUGAUUCCCAAUCCUACUUAAAAUAGAGACCCAUGAUACCAGUAAGUUGCUUAUAUGCUCAAUAACUUAAUUUUGACUUAUUUUCUGUGGAUCAAUGGCUUUCAUGAUUGAUUUGUCUUUCCCCGGGUGUCCUAGAUGUUGUCCUACCAUUAAUAGUUAUUUUUGUCUGUUUGUUUGAAGAAUGAGAUUGAGGUGGUAUGCAGUGCUUCAAUAGAAGCCUCCAUCAUUGGGUUGAUUCACCAUAUUAUAUUGCAAAGCAGGGGAACUGACAGCUUGAGAAGCACUGCUGAGGUUUUCUUACUGGAAAUGAAUUCAUUGCUGCUCAUCCCUGUUAUCUGCUUCAUGUAACCUGAAGAGCACCAUGUCUCUGGAGAUCUUUCCUCAAUGUCCCAGCUUCUGUCUGUCUUUUACCCCUUUUGGUGUGGUUCUGUCUUUACGAAUGUUCAAAGGUGUGUGUGUGUGUUGUGGCAUUCAGAUGUUCCCUGCCUUUAGGGUGAUGUUUUAGCUUUAUCCUUAUUGUACUGUUUUACUUUACACAAUUACACGAGGUGUUUCCCUGAAAUGCCUUGCCUGUAAGAUUUAUGCAAAUGCUGUCAAUCUGUCAUGCUGAAUAUCAGCUGUUUAGCUGGAGUUAUGAUAAUUAUUGCUUUGAGAAGAUUCCGUCAUCCUGCCUGCUCUUUUCCCAGUGGGAAUCUUGAACAAAGGCUUGGAAUAUUACAAAUACAUUUUCAAUUAACAACAUGGAUGUUUAUAAGCCGACAGGGUUAUUUGAGAACACAAGACAGUUGGGUCUUGAGGGAAAAAUUACUUUUGUUACGUACAGUGGACUGAUUUGACAUAAGAGCUUGUCUAUUUCACAGAGUUCCCACAUUGUUUGACCAUUGAAUUUCCAUGAAUUUUCCGGGACCUUUCCAGACAUUUGUGAUUACUGGAAAAUAAUUUUAUAGAGAUUGCACGAUGGCAUAUUUAUGAGCUUAACAGAACUAGAAAAAAAUUAUAUUCACUACAGAAAUUUCCAUGACCUUGCAAGGCCUGGAUAUCAGCAUUCCCUGAUAUUUCCAGGUUUCUAUAAUAGCCUUUUAAACACCACAAUUUUCAUUUUAUGCUGUCAAUCUUGUGAAGAAUGGUUCUAAUUUUCACAAAUAAAAAUUCUGUAGUUUGAA